UCUGUCUUUGUUUGUUUGUUUGCCACUUGCUUUCGGCUGCUUCUCGCAUUGGGGAGAUCGCGCAGAUUGGCCCUGCAGGUUGGAGCCUCUCAGAUCACUUAUUGCCACAAAGGAAGAUGCAUCUCAACGUCUUGCGGGCAUCCGUCGUGGUCCCGCUCCUGAGCCUGGUGGGCGCCGCUCUCGGCAUCGGGACACUGACCGACGACGACCUGCGCAGCCUUCCGUCUCCCGGCCAGGACUUCGACAUUCGCACCGGCAAGCUCCUGGCGCCCAUCCUGAUCCCGCGCGUGCCCGGGACCGAAGGCCAGGCCAAGACGCAGCGGCACUUUGUCGACUUCUUCCAGACCAACCUGCCCGACUGGGAGGUGCUAUGGCAGAACUCGACCUCCAAGACGCCGGCGACGGGCGACAAGGAGAUUCCGUUUGCGAACCUCAUCCUGCGCCGCGACCCGCCGGGGUACGCCAAGGGCGAGGUCGGGCGGCUGACGCUGGUGGCGCAUUACGACAGCAAGGUCGAGCCCAAGGACUUCAUCGGGGCGACGGACAGCGCGGCGCCGUGCGCGAUGCUGAUGCACGUCGCGAGGAGCAUCGACGGGGCGCUCAAGGCCAAGUGGGCUGCCAUGAAGGCCAGCGGCGAGCUGGAUGCCGGCUUGGAGCCCGGGGUUGGGGUGCAGAUUCUCUUGCUGGAUGGGGAGGAGGCGUUUGUGCACUGGACGCAGACGGACUCGCUGUAUGGGGCAAGAUCAUUGGCUGAGACGUGGGAAUCGGAGUUUCAUGAAUCCAUGUCGACAUACAAGACGCCGCUGCACUCCAUCAGCCUCUUCGUCCUCUUGGAUCUUCUCGGAUCGGCCAAUCCCCAUGUGCCGUCCUACUUCUUGACCACCCACUGGGCGUACAGGAACAUGGCGGCGCUGGAGAAGCGCAUGCGAGACCUGGGACUGCUCGAGUCCAACGUCACCCGCCCAUUCCUGCCGGACGCCCACAAGCGACCCAACCAGUUCGGCUACGGAGGCAUCGAAGACGACCAUAUCCCCUUCCUCCGGCGAGGCGUCGACAUCCUCCACCUGAUCCCCACGCCGUUUCCUGACGUGUGGCACACGAUGGCGGAUGACGGCGAGCACCUCGACAUGCCGACUGUGAUGGACUGGACGAAGCUUGUUCUGGCCUUUACGGCGGAGUGGAUGGAUUUGUCGGGCCAUUUCCCCAAGGCGGCGGCUACGAAGGACAAGAGGAGCGAGACGACGCUGGAGCCGAGCCUGCGGACAGAAUUAUGACUCCGUUGGGGGAGAAUGUUAUGAUUGAAAUGGAUCGAAAGCCGGAGAAUACGACUU